AUGAACGAGCAAAGCACAAAUGGGGCCACUCACUCGGGCAAUGCGGACCACAAAAACGGGCCAUCCACCUCAUCGGCCACUCUAAACGACGGAGCAGGAGGAGGAGGAGGAGGUGCAGAGUCAAACUUUGAGUGCAACAUUUGCCUGGACACUGCCAAGGAUGCAGUGGUCAGCAUGUGUGGUCAUCUUUUCUGUUGGCCCUGCUUGCACCAGUGGCUUGAGACAAAGCCUAUGAGACCUACCUGUCCGGUUUGUAAGAGUGCCGUCACUCGGGAACAGGUGAUUCCACUGUACGGUCGAGGCUCAGACAAGAAAGACCCUCGCGAGAAGAAGAUUCCCCCGCGUCCUCAAGGGCAGCGAACAGAACAGUCAGAGUACAAUACGUUUCCCAACUUUGGGUUCGGAGAUGGUUUCCAUAUGUCUUUCGGAAUAGGGGCGUUCCCAUUCGGAUUCUUCGCUUCCACCUUCAACAUCGGAGACUUUCGUGUCAACCCCGCUAUGGUGAAUGGCGUCGAUAUGGCCCAAGAUCAGUUUAUCUCGAAGCUAUUUCUCUGGGUGGCAAUGAUAUUCAUCGUUUGGUUGUUGUUAGCCUAA